AUGGAACGGCAGGCAACUGGUGAAGUUCGUCAAGUUUGCGCCAAGUAUACAGCUGAGCUGGAGGGACGAGUGCUCACCUGCGGGGAGAGGCAUCUGCAAGACAGGAUACUGGUAGUUCUGCGGGCGGUGCCGGACUGCGGGACAUCGGGAAGUGAAAGCGCACGCACGGGAUAUGUAGACGUACAGGACAAGGACACCAGGAGCGUGCAGGAGCUGCAGAGACGAGAGGGGCUGGGGGUAGACUGGUUGGCAGCGUUUGACGUUGAUUUGUCUGGGAUGGGGUUAGGGGAGAGGCAUAUGCAAGACAGGAAGCUCGUCGGUGUGCGGGCGGUGCCGCGCUGGGCGAUAUUCGCCAGGGAGCGCGUAUGCGUGUCAUCUGCAGGCGAACAGGGCGAGGGCAGAGCAAGGGUGCAGGAGUUGCAGAGAGUGCGUUAG